AUGUCAAAUUUUCAAUAUUGUAUUGAGUGUAACAACAUGCUAUAUCCAAGAGAGGAUAAAGUCACCAGAAUUCUUCGAUUAGCCUGCAGAAAUUGUGACUAUUCAGAGGUUGCUGCCAGUAGCAAGGUCUAUCGACAUGAGUUGAUGACAUCGAAUGUCGAAGGUCUUCAUUUCUCUCAAGAUGCUGCAACUGAUUACACCCUUCCACGGACUGAAAAAGAAUGUCCUCGUUGUCACCAUCAUGAAGCCGUUUUCUACCAGAUGCAUUCACGCCGCGGCGAUUCAAGAAUGACGUUGGUAUACGUGUGCGCAGGUUGCGGUUUUGCAUACGAGGAUCAAUAA